CAGGCUGAAAUCAUGUCAGGAAGAGGAAAGGGCGGUAAAGGACUCGGCAAAGGAGGCGCUAAGCGUCAUCGCAAGGUUUUGCGUGAUAAUAUCCAGGGAAUUACAAAACCCGCCAUCCGUCGUCUCGCUCGUCGUGGUGGUGUCAAGCGUAUCUCCGGUCUGAUCUACGAGGAGACUCGCGGUGUGCUGAAGGUGUUUUUGGAGAACGUUAUUCGUGACGCCGUCACCUACACUGAGCACGCCAAGAGAAAGACCGUCACCGCCAUGGAUGUCGUCUAUGCUCUGAAGCGACAGGGUCGCACUCUGUACGGUUUCGGAGGUUAAACGCUUGAAAUUCUACAAACCCAAACGGCUCUUUUAAGAGCCACCCACUUUAUCAAAUUAAGAGACGAAAUCUAUGAAGUACAAUGGUUUUAUGUUUCUGUAAAUAAUAUUUUACGAUAUGAGGGUUGUUUGAUUUUUAACUAAUUCGCUAAAUACAAUUGUUAAUUCAGUGGGCUCAGCGCAUUACUUUAAUGUUUGUUUCUUAAAAUCUUCAUGUACUUCCCAAAUAGAAAGUUAUAAUCUAAGUGGGCUGGAAACAUAUAUAUUGUUUAAUAU